AUGUUCCCUGUAGAUAAUGUUGGCACCUCAGGAAGAAGUUAUGGCCUUCUCUUCAUUUUUUUUUUUUCUGUUUUAAAUUUUUAUGGGCUUGGGCAUGAUACCAAUGGUCUAUUAGAGUUGACAAACAUUUCAGUCCAACAAAUUGGCCGCGCCUUCUUUCCACUCCCUAUCAAAUUCAGUAAAACUGCAUCCACCAAUUCCCAGUCUUUCUCAUUUUCUACCAGUUUUGCUUUUGCUAUUGUUCCUCAGAUGCCUGAUUUCGCUGGCCAAGGCUUUGCCUUCACAAUUUCUCCAUCUGCUGAGUUCACAGGGGCGUGGGCAAUAGGGUACCUCGGACUUUUUAAUUUAACAAACAAAGGCUUGUCCUCAAACCAUGUCUUUGCUGUUGAGCUUGAUACUAUAUUGACUCCUGAAUUUAAUGACAUCAAUGACAACCAUGUUGGAAUUGAUGUAAAUGGCUUGAUUUCCAAUGUAUCAGCACCAGUGGCCUAUUUUCCUGAUAAGGAAAGGGAAAAUAAGAGCUUAGAGCUCAGAAGUGGAAAUCCAAGGCCUCUAUUGUCAACAGCUAUUGAUCUUUCUCCAGUCUUCAUGGAUUCUAUGUAUGUUGGCUUUUCUUCAUCUACUGGAACACUGGCAAGCUACCAUUAUAUUCUUGGAUGGAGCUUCAACAGAAGUGGACCAGCUCAAAGUCUUGAUGUAUCUAAGCUUCCUUCACUUCCACCUAAAAGAGAAUCAAGUAAGAAACUUGAUUUAAGAAUUAUGGUCCCAUCAGUAACAGCAAGUAUUGUGCUGAUAAUAGCAUCUGGAGUUGUUUAUAGGAGGAAGAGAUUUGAAGAAUUGCACGAAGAUUGGGAACAGGAAUAUGGUCCUCAAAGAUUCUCUUACAAGGAUCUCUACAAAGCAACAAGAGGAUUCAAAGACAAAGAGCAGCUGGGAUUUGGAGGUUUUGGAAGUGUUUACAAAGGUGUAUUGCCUUCUUCCAAUACACAAGUUGCGGUUAAGAAAGUCUCACAUGAUUCUCAACAAGGAAUUAAGGAAUUUGUUUCUGAGAUUGUCAGCAUGGGGAGGCUAAGGCAUAGGAACCUGGUGCAGCUCCUAGGCUAUUGCCGUCGAAAGGGAGAGCUGCUCUUGGUAUAUGAUUAUAUGCCUAAUGGAAGCCUUGACAAAUUCCUAUUUCAAAACGACACACCAAAUUUGAAUUGGAUUCGCCGAUAUCAAAUCCUGAGAGGAGUUGCAUCUGCCAUGCUUUACCUCCAUGAAGAGUGGGAACAAGUCGUUCUGCACAGAGAUGUUAAAGCUAGUAACGUUAUGCUAGAUGCUGAACUUAAUGGACGGUUAGGAGAUUUUGGACUAGCUAAGUUCUAUGAUCAUGGAUCAAUUCCUCAAACAACCUGUGUGGUUGGAACUGUGGGAUACCUUGCACCAGAGGUUUCAAGAACAGGAAGGGUCACUACCAGCAGUGAUGUUUUUGCCUUUGGGAUCUUAAUGCUUGAAGUGGCUUGUGGAAGAAGGCCUAUAGAGCCAGAAAGACCACCUCAGGAGGCGCUUUUGUUAGACUGGGUUCUUGAAUGCUGGAAAAGAGGGGCCAUUCUGGAGACGAGUGAUCCUAGACUGGAAGGUAGGUAUAUGGCAGAAGAAAUGGAAAUGAUUUUGAAGCUAGGCUUGCUUUGUACUCACGCUACACCAGCAGCAAGGCCUAUCACGAGACAAGUCAUGCAAUAUCUGGAUAAAAAUGCUCCCUUACCAGAUAUACUAUUGGAUGGUCCUGGUAUAGGUUUGGUCACAGUUAGCCAAGAAGCCGCUGGAGAUUUCUAUUCGUCCUUCCCUGCAUCUAAUGAUUAUUCUGUGUUGUCUAUUACCACCUCCAUCCUUAGCUACGGUCGCUGAAUCUGAGAUGUAAACAUUCCCUGAGCCAGUCGUGCUUUACCUAUAGGUGCAAACUUAAAAUUAGUGCUGCUUAUUAAAUGUACUGAGGGUGAAGCAGAAACCAGAGUAUCAUGUUGUAUACAUUUAAAUGGCAUGCUGUUCUAUAAUCUUAGUCUUGAUAAUUUCUUUAUGGAUUUAAA